GGAGGCAAAUAAAAGUAGGGUUGGUGGAAAUUCGCGGUGCCAGACACUCGUCCGACUCGACGCUUGUAGGCUGCCUUGGAGAGGUCACUUUUCCCGGAGACCUGCCGGCACAGCCAAGACACUUAUCAGUGGUCACACUUGUAAUUCCUAAUCAGUGUUGCUCGAGUGUCUGAUGACGGCGAUGAGUGACAACCACAGCUCCAACGGCGACGGUCGCAACAACCUGACCUCGCACCUUCCCGAUGGAGGGUCCGCGUCCACCAUCUGCAUCCCCGAGCCCAUGGGCAGCACAGAUUUCAUACUUGUGAACGAAGAUAAGCGGCGGCGAGGAGCGAAGUUGAAAGAAAGUGCGAGUAAAAUAAGCCUGAUUGCCAAAGAAAAAAUCCAAAAGAGCUGCACGCGAAAACUGCUGUUCAAGCGGCUGCCCAUCCUGCGCUGGCUGCCCAAGUACAACUUUGCGGACGCGGUCGGCGACCUGGUGGCUGGAAUCACGGUCGGCCUCACCGUCAUUCCGCAGGCCUUGGCGUACGCAAACAUCGCCGGCCUUCCACCGCAGUACGGUCUGUAUGGAUCGUUCUUCGGCGCCCUGUUGUAUAUCAUUUUCGGAAGCUGCAAAGAUGUGCCGAUGGGUCCGACGGCCAUCAUCUCACUGCUGACCUACCAGGCGGUCGGCGACAAAGGGGCCGAGCACGCCAUCAUGCUCACCUUCCUCAGCGGUUGUGUCAUCCUUCUCAUGGGCAUUCUAGGUUUAGGGUUUGUUAUAGAUUUUGUGUCUGGGCCAGUAUCGUCAGGGUUCACUUCGGCCGUGGCCCUGAUCAUCGUGACCAGUCAGAUCAAAGAUCUGUUGGGCAUCGGCAAAUACGUCAAAGGCAACACCUUCGUCGAAAUGUGGACGGCGAUCAUUGAAAACUUCGAGCACGUCCGGCUCGCGGACACUCUUCUCGGCAUCAUCUGCAUCGUCGCUCUGCUCGCCCUCAGGGCUGUGGGAACAAUCCAAAUUGGGCCGAAAGACGACGAGAAGAAAACGAUGGGACAGAAAGUGUUCAACAAAUUUUUGUGGCUGGUGUCGACGACGAGGAACGCGACGCUGGUGAUCAUUACCGGCAUCAUCGGCUGGGCCAUACAAGACGAUCUGUUCGUUCUCAUAGGAGUCGUACCUGCCGGUCUGCCCACAAUUCAACCUCCUCCCUUCACCGGCUACACCGACGAAGAUGGAACUUUCUUCUCCUUCUCUGAUAUUGUCUCGAAUCUCGGAACGGGAAUUAUCGUCCUGCCUAUCCUCGCCAUUCUGGAAAAUAUUUCCAUCUGCAAAGCGUUUUCCGCUGGAAAAUCUGUCGAUGCGACUCAAGAAAUGAUUGCCAUUGGCGUCUGCAACAUUGGCAAUUCUUUCGUCCAAGCCUUCCCUGGAACCGGAGCUUUGGCCAGAAGUGCGGUCAACAAUGCCAGUGGCGUCAGAUCCCCCUUGGGAGGACUUUACACUGGUCUUUUGGUCAUCUUGUCACUUCUAUUCUUCACCCCAUUCUUCCAAUACAUCCCUAAAACUGCCCUCGCCGCAUUAAUCAUCGCUGCAGUCAUUUUCAUGGUGGAAGUCCGAGUAAUCAAGCCCAUGUUCCGCAGCAAAAAACUUGAUCUGAUCCCUGGCCUGGGAACAUUCAUUUUCUGCCUGGGCAUCAAGCUGGAAAUUGGCAUCAUUGUUGGCGUCGGUAUCAACAUUUUGUUCAUCCUUUACCAGGCCGCGCGCCCCAAGAUUUCGAUGGAGAGGCUCUUUACCCGCGAUGGCGCCGAAUACAUAAUGCUGACACCAGACAGGUGUUUGAUCUUCCCCUCUGUGGACUACGUGAGAAACUUGGUCACCAAACACGGCACCAGACAAGGCAUGAUUCCGGUGGUCAUCGACUGCUCGCACAUUUACGGCGCCGACUUCACCGCCGCCCGGGUUGUAGAAAGUUUGACUAAUGAUUUUGCUGCGCGAAACCAACCCCUGUUUUUCUACAACUUGAAGCCGAGCGUGGUCGCCAUUUUCGAGGGUCUGCAGCCAAAGGACUUUGUUAUCUUUUACGAGGAAGACGACCUGGACAUGCUACUCAAAAGGCGGCAGGAGACGGCCUGAGGGGCAAUUAUUAUCAACACGCACUUUUGUAUAAGUCCACAUAAGAAGAGAACCCUUUAUACGAGAGUUAGAGACCUGCACUAGUCACCGAAUCGGGCACCCAUCACAUUAUAUAUUCGCCGAGUCCGACCAAUUCAUCGUCAAGCAAAUGAUUAAAUUAAUCAUUUCUUUUACUAUCCGAAUCACACAUAUUGUAAUUAUUAUUAAUGUUGUAUGAAAUAGAAAGCGUUGAACGUCCCAAGUUUAUUGAGAUUUAAAAAGUUAUUAUAGAAAAAGUCCUUAAAUUUAAAGGAAUGAAAAGAAAUAAACCUCAGCGGUACAAAUUCAACUUCUAA